CUGGACAGAUAGGAAGUGCAGUGCGCGUUGGUGCCGGCUAGCGCCGAGUUACGUCAAGCGGCCCCGCAGGAGAAGAGGACGGGUGGAUGUCACUGUGUGUGAGGAGGCUCCGCGGGGCCCAGGCGCUGGGUGGCCGGUGGAGGAAUGGAGUCCGCGGUGCAGGUGGUGGAGGUGCAGCAGCAGCAGGGAGGGUGAGAGAGGAAGUGAGGCCUCAUGAUAUUGGCUGGCCCUCAGAAUUGAACCCACACUUGUUUUAUCCCACACCUCUCAAAAAUCUUGUACCAUCGGGGAGUUCAAGCUCGUUUACACGCCAUAAAUCUGCUAAUAACAGGCAAUGCCCUUCAGUUAAUGGAAAGGAGAAAGCUCAGAGACAUCUGCGGUCUACUAUGGCACCACUGAGGACAAAAGUCUAUACAUCAAAGCCGCAUUCUUCCCAUGUGCCAUGCACCAGUGUGGGCUGUGUGUAUCCACUGGGCAGAGACGCCUGGCAUUUAAGUAGUGCUCAGAUUGACUGUUUUAGAAGUUUGUUUGAACCAGGAGUUUGCAGGACACCUUACCAGGCUGUUUCAUUUCCCAUACCUGGUACUCAGCAUGGGAUUUUAGCCUUUCACCCAAGUAAGGAGAUGCAAGCCAGUUCAAUCCCUGGAAGCAACCCUCCUGAUAUGGAACAACUGCUGGCUGUGAUGCAUGCCAAGCUCAGUGAAGAGCUGCCAAAUUUCUUGUUGAAAACUAUGGAUUACUCAAUAUACAAAAAGGAUGUGGAAUUUGUCAGCAAUGUCCUGCAUAUACAUACACGAGGUGUGAUGUUAUAUCAGCUACUUCUGACACUGUCGCGGUUUUUGUUCUUGAGUUACUUAUCCAAUGCUCGUGUCUCUAUCUUGAAACUGACAUCUCACCCCGAAACAUCUAGUAUCCAAGCUCGUUGGGCAAUCUCAGGCCUUCCUCUUCACACUCUUCUCCUCCACUUCUAUCGUAAUGACAAGACAGAGCUUUACAAGUCAUUUGAUGCUCACUCCACCUUUUACUUGGCCUCAGAUGGUCUAAUACGUCUACAUAAAUUGGAGCGGGUGAUGCCUUCUCAGCCACUUACUGUACCCAAGAAGACUCUUCUCACUGCUGCACUCGUAGCCUUGGGCUUGGGAGAAGAUCGUCCUGCACUCAAUUUACUAUCUUCCCCUAAAGCAUCUCCCAAGCUUUGAUGCAACUCUGAUGCUUGCUUCUGCUUCUAAAAGAAAUAAUAUACUGUAUAGCAUGAAGACAGCUUGCAGUGUAGCUGGUUUUGUUCAAAAACUUAGAGUAGACACUGUUAAACCCUAAUGUAAACUGCGGGUUAAUGCGAUCUGUACAAACAGCCCAAAAUAUGCAUAGAGGGUGCUGAGUCCAUAAAGCUCCAUCAGUUUCCUUUUCUUACAAAUAUUCUGUACUCUGCUGUGUAUGUUGUAUCUUGAUCCAGCCUGUGGAUGUGUAACAUUCUGUACAUAAUUAAAUUAUAAUAUUGUGUCUAAA